AUGGUGACAGCGGUAUUGUUCGUCGAAACGCGAAAAGUCUUCGGAGGCGGUGGAGCGUUUGAAUUUUUCACACUCCUUACGGUGAACAUUCACAGAGAAAAGAGCGGGGGACACAGCGGGGUAAACCAGCUGGGGGGUGUCUUCGUCGGCGGUCGACCGCUUCCGGACUCGACGCGGCAAAAGAUCGUCGAGCUCGCGCAUUCGGGCGCGCGACCAUGCGACAUCUCCAGGAUACUGCAGGUCAGCAACGGCUGCGUCUCCAAGAUCCUCGGAAGGUACUAUGAGACCGGAUCUAUCAGGCCCAGAGCCAUAGGCGGCAGCAAACCGCGCGUAGCAACGGCGGAGGUUGUCAGCAAGAUCUCGCUUUACAAGAGCGAGUGCCCGUCGAUUUUCGCGUGGGAGAUCCGGGAUCGUUUGUUGCAGGAGGGCGUGUGCACGAACGACAACAUUCCGAGCGUGUCGUCGAUCAACAGGGUGCUGAGGAACUUGGCCGCGCAGAAAGAGCAGAGACAACAGCAGCAGCAGCAGCAGCAAGGAGUCGGCGCCGUGGGAGUUGGUGUUGGUGCUGGUAGUCCGGCGGAAAGUGUUUACGAUAAACUGAGGCUACUGAACGGGCAAACUACCGGCUGGCCGCGUCCCAAUCCUUGGUAUCCGUCGAGUGCGGGGAGCCCGUUUUCGUCGAUACAAUCUAGUUUGAGUCCGAGCCAUUGUUCGUCGUUGCCACCGGAUCCGGCGGACAUAUUGCACGCGAAAAAGGUAACCGAGCUCGAGGGUGGCGCACACUCGGACGAGACGAACAGCGGGGGUGACAACAGCAACGCCGGUAGCGUGUCGGGCGGCGCCGACGACGAUCAGGCGCGUCUACGUCUGAAGAGGAAGCUGCAGAGAAACCGCACGAGCUUCAGCAACGAGCAGAUUGACGCACUCGAGAAGGAGUUCGAGAGGACGCAUUAUCCGGACGUGUUCGCCAGAGAGAGACUCGCCGGCAAGAUCGGUCUGCCGGAGGCGAGAAUACAGGUCUGGUUUUCGAAUCGGCGGGCGAAGUGGCGGCGCGAGGAGAAAUUGCGCACACAACGGAGGGACAAUCCGCCGCAGCAACAGCCGCAGCAGCAGCAACAGCAGCAACAGCAACACACUGCCGGCGUGAAUCUGGUGGGUGCUGGUCACCCGACGCCGCCGCCAUCCACGGGGAUACUCGGAGGUCAGCCGCCCCCGCAGGCGCCACCCUCGCCGCCCAGAAUACAUCACGGAUUCGCGCCCACCGCCGUGUACCCCGGAAUACCCAGCAUGCCCGACUCGUACAGCCCGAUGACGUCGAUGCCGAGCUUCACGAUGUCGGGCGCGAGUCAGCAGAAUCAGCACACGACGAGCAGCAUGUCCUCGCUGUCCGCCGGGGGUGGCAUGAGCCCAAUGGGCAUGACUGUGGGCAUGACUGUCGGCCCGAGUCCCGGCGCGUGUCUCCAACAACGGGACAACGGCUACUCGUGCGGGGUGGCAAGACCGCCGAGCUACGAGCCUCUGCAUCUCGGCUACGGCGCCCGGCCGACCUGCAGCCCCACGCAGCCCUAUCACGCGGCCAGUCUCAAUCAGUACAACCAGAACGCCAGCUCGACCGGUCUGAUAUCACCUGGCGUCAGUGUGCCGAUCGCGGUACCAGGCCAACCGGCACCCGACAUGGCGGCGCAAUACUGGUCGCCGAGGCUGCAGUGACCGUGGUGGUCGUCGACGCCGACCUCAUCUCCGUAGAGCUUCUUCGUCUCUCUGGUUUACGAUCUGCGCGUCGCGCGCGAGGAAACCGAGAGAGAGAGAGAGAGAGAGAAAGAGAACGACGCCCGGUUACGACGCGGUCGGUUUUUAGUCUCCGGAAAAUCCGCACGUUGCGAUUGUGAUUCGCGUGCGAUCUGUUCCAUAGAAGCAUGAGAAUCCGAGCGGACUGUCAUCCCUAAUAUUGUAUUUCGUCCAAGCCAAAGUUCUCUGCGUAGAUACGAGUUUUUAAUUUAUUCGCGUCUGCGAAAAAAAAAUAUCGCCGAUGUGCUCUGUCGAUCGGCAAAAUCGUCCGAGAACACGCGAAAACUUCGAAAAUUUGUUUUCUGCCGCGCUGGAAGGUUCGCGAGGAAUAUUAUAACUUUUUCACUGAUUGAAAUUCUCAGUCGAAUCCGUUUUCUUGUCGGUGACAACAAAUCGCGGCGGUAAUAUACUCGCGUACAAUUGCAAUACAACAAAUAAAUAAAAAAAUAAAAAAAAAAAAUGUGGCAUGCCAAACUUUGAGUUACAGAAUAAUAUAAUUUAAUCGAUUUGUGUGUAUAGUCGUGAAAAAUCUCUUAUCAUCGUUAAAUUAAAUCCCCUUUGUCCUGUGCUGAAAAAAAAAACUUAGUAUUUACACUUGCGACCGUGACACCUUACCGAUCACGUUUCCACCGAUUGUAGAGGACUAACGCCGCUUUUUCGCUCUUUGUACUAACACAAUUAUAUUGAUAUUGUAAGACGACGGUUCUCUUUUUUUUUAUCAGUAAUUCAUAGAAACACAAUCUUUGUAACACACACAUACACGAUGACUGCAAAGCGUUGACAUUUGCGCCUGUGAUCGGCAAGGUGUCGCGAAUGAAAAAUCCUCCCGAAACAAUAUUCCGCGAAACAAUAUGCGCACUUUUAAUCAUCACAAAGCUCUCCGUUUUAUUCGUAAAAAGAAAAACCACAAUCAUACAUUUCCACGGCCAAUGUCUCUUGAAAUAGAGAAUCGAGCAAGGUGAGACGCGAUGGAAAAAAAAAAAAAUAAAUAAAUAAAUCGUCGGCAAUGUGCAACUCGUGUAUAAAAAAAAAAUAAUAAUAAUAAUUAGCGUGAAAAUCGGAGAGAAGAAGGGAAAAUCGCUCUCGAGAAUUCUCGCGGAGUUUUUACUCGCAGAAAAAAAAGAAGAGAAAACGAACACGUUCUCACGUAGAUGUGUAACUACUUCUGUGUAAACCAAGAAGAAAAAGAGGAAAAAGAUAGUUUCUAAGUCGGUAAUUAUGUUACAUAUUAUUUAAAUAAUCGAGUAAAACGAGCGCGGAGAGAUAAUAAAAUAAACGUGAGUUUUGUUGUGUGUACAUCGUAAGAAAAAGUUAUCGCGACGGUCAUUUUACAUUGUAUACAACAUAGUUCGACUCUAAUUCUCUCUAAGUCUAAACAAAAAAAAACUUUUGACGACGAAUUAAUUAAUUCACAACUUGUAUUCGGUGCAAGAGAGAGAGAGAGAGAGACAGAGAAAAAGGACCGAGAAAAAAAAAUGCCGAUUGUGAUUUCCCUUAGGCCAGAUAUGUUAAGCGUAACGAUUUAUGCAUUCUAAAUAAAUAGUGUGUGCAUUUAAUAUCAAAGAGUUUUCUCAAUGCUUGUUUUCUAAUUGGAGAGAAACAAUUUCAUCGCGCGGAGAGAAAUUUAAGAGAGAAAUUCUUCGUUCUCUCCGAAGAACAGAAAUGUUCGGUUACGAUAAUGUUCGCGCGAUUCUCCCGUUAGAAAUCAAGCUCAAGACUCCUUCCCGAACGUGUUCACAUCUCGAUUCUUCGAUCAACUCGUAUUUAUAUACUCACUCAAUGCUGUUUCCAUCACCUUCAAUCUUCUCGACGUAGUCGAUCGUUGUUGGCGCGAAUCAACUUGCGUGUCAACGAUCUGCGUUAUCGUCCGAUCUCGAUUAUCCAAAUAAUCGAGAAACAAUCGAAUCAGUUAUAGAAAAUAGAAAAAAACACAAACAAUGUGGAAUGUAAAAGACACAAAAGAGAAGACCAUUGUUUUACCUUGCAAAUGUAACAAUUGUAUAUUUAUUUCGAUUUAAUAAUUAAUUUACAUUUGAACACCUGCUGUAUUUUCUCUAGAAAUCCCCACUAAAGAUCACUUGUUAUUGCAUUUCCGCCGGCACGGUUUUAACCCCGGAUUAUUUUUUCUUUUGUGAGAAAAAGAGAAAAAAUAUCCUUCCACAGAUAUGGGCCCAAACGAGCACAUCCGUGGAUUGAAAAAAACUGUGUUGUGAACGCAAAUCGAUCGUUUAGUGAUGAAAAUAAAUAAAUCACGAAAAUACUUAAUUCUUUCUUAGAAGUUACAAAAGCUAGUUAUAAAAGCUAUAGUUUCACUCGUGGAAAUGAAAGAAGUAAUCUCAAGGUUAAAUUCAAUACACACGCACACAUGUGUGUACAUUUAAGGAAUAUUUUUCAUACUAUAAAAUUGCUGCACAAUGCACAAAUACUACGUAAUUACUAGUACUAAUUAUUACUAGUAUAUUGCAAUUAAAAGAGAAAAAUGCUUUCAGAAUUCGAAACAUCUAUUACGUAUAAAAAAUCUGCUUUUCAUCUUACACAUAAAAAAACCACGCGGAACAGAUGAAAAAAAUACAGACAAAAAUGUAAAUAUGGAGCAAAUGUAAAACUUACGGGCAUAGUGCAACAAAUGUAAAACGUAAUAUUAAAAAAAAAAAAAAAAAAAAA